AAAUCCCCCGUGAUCACGACUUGCCUACAGCCUAUUCGCUGCCCAUUUCACCCGGAGCUCAUCGUUCUUCACGGCGAGCGCGACUAUACAUCCGACAUCGACGACGAAGGGACUUGAAGACCUCCCCUCACACAUCCCGCUCAUUCGAUCAUUCACCAGACCCCAUUUCUGCUUGCAUUUCCUAUAUCACUUCAAUUCCGCUUUUGCUCAGCGAAUCAUUUAAGAUGGCGACCGCCCAGCCGGCUCACGAUUCUGCUCUUCAACACCCUCCAGCUCCUACUCAAGAAGCAAGUGCGACUUCCCCACCGACAUCUAGUACGCCAGCUGCAUCGACUACGCUCCCUCCAGGACUUCUGCCUGGAAUGAGCAACGACCAGGUUAUUGCUAUCUUAAAGACAGUUCCUGGCGUAUUUCCUGCAAGAGUGCGUGCUAUUUGACAUGUACUUGUACCUACUUCGAUCUAUUUGGCUUGUGCCCGUAAUCUUUUAUCCCAAGUGUCCCGCUGCCUACACGUGAUGCCCGACGCGGUCACGUUCGCGUAUAUGAAAGGAAAGAUCGGUGAUGUUUCGAUCGUGCAGGGGGAUCGAGGACACUUGCACGACAUCUGAGUUUGUACGAGGCAAAGUGGGAUCUGGCGAAGGAUCGUGGUGGUCUGCACGUAGGGACGGCACGAAGGACGCAACAGCGGCCGAAGCACUUUCCAACCUCGCUCAAUCCGGUUACACACAUCAACUGUCAAAUCAAGGUAUUCAAAUGCACUCUACAUUCCAAGUGCACACCCCCCAAUUUGCCUCUACUGCUCUUCAGAACGGCGGCCCGCCACCCAUAUCAGCGAUCAGAACUGAUGUAGGCGAGGGUUCGAGUACGCAACCUGCCGAUGCUCCUUCUGCUCAAUCUGCAUCUGCACACUUUGAAACUGGAUCCCCAAAUUCUCAGUCUGAAUCCGAGAAGCCUACACCGAGAUCAGGUGGUCGAAGGAGUGGCCGGAGUGCAACGAUGACGAACGAUGAGUGGACACGUCAAAGGAAAGAUAACCAUAAAGAAGUCGAACGCCGACGUCGAGGUAACAUCAACGAAGGCAUAAACGAACUCGGUCGAAUCGUACCCAACGGCUCAGGCGAGAAAGCAAAGGGUGCGAUCCUCUCACGUGCAGUGCAAUAUAUCCACCACCUGAAAGAAAACGAAGCGCGGAAUAUCGAGAAAUGGACGCUGGAGAAGCUGCUUAUGGAUCAGGCGAUGGGCGAUUUGCAAGCUCAGCUGGAGGAGAUGAAGAAGUUGUGGGAAGAGGAACGGCAUGCGAGACAGCGGUUGGAGACGGAGUUGGAUAAUCUCAAGGCGCAGGCUGGGCGUACGGACGCUGUGAAAGAGGGUGGAAAGCGGGGUAGGGAGGACGCUCCACCUGCUACUGAGGCGAGUGAAACGGAAGAUGAGCGGGCGAAGCGGCAGAGGACGGAUUAAACAUUCUCGGGAUAUUUGGGUUACGCCUUCGAUACGGUAAUGAUGACGUUCACGGGAUCCUUUUCCUCGAUUUAUGGGUCCAUCUAUAGCUUUAGCUUUCCCCUUAUGGCUCUUUUGUAGGACAUUUCAUCGUUCUGAGGUGUGUUGUUAAUUGUAUAGCUAUUUGUGUGUAUCUUUAGUUACGAAGUUUUGUCUUUGGCGCUUUCAGUUGUAAUUGUCUUGAUGUACUAUGACAAGGUCUUCUCGCUCGACGCUUGAGUGCUCGGAGGGCAUAUGUAGCGUUCGUCACAGUGCUUUUUUCUGUAUUAAAUAGUAUGUGUUGAA